CGGUCUUCUACACAUGAUUAUUAUAUUCCCGCACUGCUCACCUAAUUGCAUCUUUUCCCUGGCUGUGUAUUCUUGUGUGUUAUAUUUACUGUCAACCAACCUGCCUAUCCCUUGCUAGUUUAUCCAAAGUUAGAAGAAGAAUGAGUUGUAUAAAGUAUCCAGUUCCAGUUAAAAAUAUGUAACCUUUGAAAGUGGAUACCAAUAACAGUACUUAUAUACAUAUAUCAAAAGCAUGACCUUCAGACCUCAGUAGCCAUCACCAUUUGACAUAGCAUUGUAGAACCACGGAGACAGUAGUGUUACCAGUAGAAACAACCCUGUACGGACUAUAAACCGUACCUAUCCCCCCUAACUUUGUGUUGUGACAUGGCCACAGAUAUUAACAACAUGGUCCAGAACGACAAUUCCCCACCCACGAUGCUUACAGUCCGAAUGAUUAUGCAGGGAAAGGAAGUGGGCAGUAUCAUAGGAAAGAAAGGAGAUAAUAUAAAGAAAUUCAGGGAAGAUAGUGGUGCUAAAAUAAACAUAUCAGAUGGAUCUUGUCCAGAACGUAUCGUCACGGUAACAGGAACUACAGAUUGUAUAAAUAAAGCAUUCACAUUUAUUUGUAAAAAGUUUGAAGAGGAUUUACAGAAUGCCUUUGUUUUACAGGACUUACAGAAUACACCAACAGUGCCUAAACCCCCCGUUACAUUACGAUUGGUUGUGCCUGCUAGUCAGUGUGGAUCACUGAUUGGCAAAGGUGGCUCCAAAAUUAAGGAAAUUAGGGAGACAACAGGUGCACAGAUACAGGUAGCAUCAGAAAUGUUACCGAAUUCCACAGAGAGAGCUGUGACAGUGUCAGGCACAGCAGACGCCAUUACAGCCUGUAUACAGAAUAUCUGUAACAUCAUGUUGGAGUCCCCUCCCAAGGGAGCAACAAUCCAAUACCGUCCAAAACCCGUUGUCCCUCCAGUAAUCUUCACUGGGGGUCAGGCAUAUACAGUUCCGGGUGGGCAGAUACCACUGACAAUACCAGAGAUGAACAAAUUACAUCAGAUAUCAUUACAGCAGGGUAUUCCAAUAAUUCCAACAUCACAACCUUUACUUCCAACAUGCCAAGUCCCUUGGUACCAGGGAACAACUAAUGAUUUUCUCUGUAAUCAAAAGAAAGCAAACUAUUUCGUAACAGACAGAAUGCACCAUGCCCCUGGUAUUCCCGUAGCGUACAGACAUGCCAGUCCGGCAGCUAUUCCCCAGAAUACACAACAGACACAUGAGAUCUCCAUACCUAACGACUUAAUAGGAUGUAUUAUAGGUAGAGGGGGACAGAAAAUUAAUGAAAUCAGACAAAUGUCAGGUGCUAUGAUAAAAAUUUCCAAUGCAGAGGAAGGGUCCCCUGACCGUAAGGUGACAAUUACUGGUACGAUAGAAACCAUUGGAUUGGCACAGUAUUUAAUUAACACAAGCAUGGAAUUGCAUAAGAAUUUGACCCUUGACCCGACUACCUCGACUAUCCCAACAACAUCUGCAUCACCCUUGACCUCUGUUGUUCAGUCCCCUCAGCAGCUGCAGGCCUCUCCGUAUGCAAUUACAUUGAAUCAACUUGCCAUGAACUCCAUGAACUCCAUGAACUCAAUGAACUCGAUGAAUUCGAUGAACACAAUGAACAUGAAUGCUAUGAACAUGAACUCCAUGAACAUGAACUCCAUGAACAUGAACGCUAUGAACAUGAAUGCCUUGAAACAAAUGCCAGCAGUUCCAUAUCAACUGGGCCAGUAUUUUGGGAUGAUCGAUACAGUAGGACAGGCUCCUGUACAACAGAAUAAAAUGCGAGUUGGGGUGGCAGCAAAUGCUAUGUUGACUGAGAGGAAGAAAAUAGCACCCUACUAACUGUCUUGUGUUGAUUGUUAUUGCACACAAUCGGAGCACCUCACUCGAUGGUUGUGCUUAACAGGAAUAAUUAUACAGCUUUACAUCAUAUUUUUCAUCAGAGAAGCUGACUAAAGUUCUUCUAUUAAAUGCCUUUUUCAAGGAUUUCCUUGGUAUGAAAGAAUUUUUUAAAAAGCAGCUUUGAAUGCUGAUAAUUAGUUCAACCGGAAAGAAGUGAGCUGCUCCGUUUGUACAUAGAUGUGAUGUGGUCACAUGCAAGUCAUGUGACCUAUGUUACUUUGUCUCAUUAUUUAUUUUGUUAAAUUGUUUUCCUUUGAAAUCAUUAUUGAAUAUGAUAGAUUCAUACAGAAAUGUAUCAGAGUUAUUGAUAAUUGCUAAAAUGUUUAUUUUUGGUUAAUACAUUUACAGGUUUAUUUUUUUUUGCCAAAAGUUUGUUUUUGAUAUGUAUAUAUUUACACAAUUUAGUGUGCAGUAUAAAUAUGAAUUAAAGUAAUUGUUAAAAACUUGUUAAUUAGAAACAUAUCACCAUUUUCUUGACUGAUUCAAAUUUUAUAUUUUCAAUUUUGUGUAUAAAAAAGACGAAAACAAUUAGAAAAAUAAUCUAUUUUUCUUAUUUUAUAAAAUAAAUCAUAAAUGUUGUGUUGGUGUUGUCAACUUGAAUCUUUUCACAAUUCUUCAAUGAUUUCAUUUUGUUGAUUUUUUUUCGCCAAAAAUGCUAUAUAAAGUGUGUUAGGAGUUAUAUUUUUCCUAUGAUUAGCCAGAAUGUGUCCAAUCAAUGUUAACCUGCAUGUAUACAGAUGUUUUAAUAGUUGUUAUAUUUAAUAAGCAGUUUCUUACAUAUUCAUAAAAAAUAUAAUUUAUUUUUUGUAUCAAAAAAUUGUACUGUUAUGGCAAUGUUAAUAUGAGCCAGCAUGCUAUACUUAAAUUUUCAGUAUGGUACCAGUUAUUCCAACUGUCUUGUUUAAUAUUUAAAUUCAUUGAAUUAUCAGAUUUCUUAAUCUUACAAUGAGUUAAAGAAUUUGUGCAUGAUAGUGCUUUAAACUUUAGUAUGAUUAAUGUUAAAAGUGCAAUAGAAUUUCUAAUGAUUUUUAGUUUAUCUUGUGUAAAGUCGAUGAAAACACUCUUAAACAUUAAAAUGGCUGGCAAUUUGGGAUGAUUACCCAUAAUGCUUUUCAAUUUUACACAAGAUAACACUUCCCAAUCAUUUGUGAUAUUCAAAUAUCGAUACUUCCAUUAUGUUUUAUGUGCUCCCAAAUAAGAUAAUAAUUUAGUAUCCCUCAGUAUUACCAGUUCUUUGAUUGUUAAAGACUUAAGGAUCACAGGGUUAUCUCUCUUUGGUUUGGUUGAUUUAAGAUUUAUCAAUUGUGAUAAAAUAUAUAUUGGGUUAAGAAUGCCAUUUAAUCAUCAGGGAUUGUCCAGUAGUAAAUGUAUUGUACAGUUCUAAAGACCUUUGACCCUUAGAUAUCAAGACUGGUGGUACGGCUGGAUUACUGCAUUACAAUCUGAACAUCAGUACUCUCAUAGAUUUACCGGCACAUUUUAUUUCACUAGAACAUUUAGCACAUAGAAAAAGAUUGAUACUCAUAAAGGUGAUGAUUAUCAGUGCAGUUAUGGUGUUUUGUAUGUAUAUUAAGGUAUAUAAGGUCAUUCAUUAGAAGGUUAACAUUCCAAAUGAAAAAAAUCAUCCGUCAAUUUUAUCAGGGUAGCAGUGUAUUUUUUGUUUAAUGCCAUUUUGUUUGUUUCAAGGGCAUUUAGCCAGAUUCUAAGUCAUAUGUAUUCCAUAGUUAUAUCUUUAGUUUUAAGUUAUAUACAGGUUAUUUGUCCAUAUCAGAAACAGCAGAUAUUCUUAUUAUAACAUCCAGGCAUGCUGAGACAAUGCUGUAGAAGGCAUAAUGAUCAAUUUUCUAUAAAAAUGUGAACAAGAAAAAUCCAUAUUUAUGGGAUAAUGUAACAUUUUGCCAUCAACAAGUGAUACAAUAUGAGCAUGUUUGCAUAAAACAAAAUGAAAAGGUCUUUACAAGAAAAUGUAAAAAAGACCAAAUAAAAAUAUUUUUUCACACUUGUUGAAAAAUGACCUGAACUUUUUAAUCAUUGGAUUAGAAACCUAAAAUUUAUUUGAUCUUAUUGUAAAUGGAAGUAAAGUGAUUAAAACCCCCAAAAGAGAAGUAGGAAAAUAAUAAAAGUUUAUAUAAUAUUAAAGUUACAGAAAAAAGACAGAAAUCCUUAUAAAAUAUUACCAAUAUAGUUGAUGUGAACAAACAACUUGUAUUAUAAUGAAAGUAGUUGAGUUUUUAUAUAGGUUAAGAUCAUUGUUUUAACUUGAUGCUUGCCAAAUAUUUCUUCCCCUUGGUAUUUGUUAAUUGACAAGUAUUUACAUAAAUCCAAAUGAAACAAUUACUUGUUACCCUCACAUUGAAGGAAUUGUUCAGAAUGAUUUGUGUGUUUUCUGGAAAAAUAGUCAAUAUGUUCAUUUAGCAGCAAAAAUAUUUUAGGUCUUGUUCAAUCUACACAUGAUUUAAAAACACAAAACCAUUUCCAGAAAAAUGUAAAAUUAUAAGUUUAUUCAGUUUUGUAGUUUUCUAUACUAGUACAACUUUUUGUAAGAAUGAACCCGAAAUUUCUUUUCAUAAAUUUUCAAUAUGGUAUAUUUCCCACAAAAAACAACUUCAUUUAAUUCAGUAAGGCUGACAAGUAAUUGUUUUAGAAAUAUGUCUCAAGAAGUUGGAUUUUAAUCCAUACCCUAUGCUCAUUAUAUUUUGUUAUAUAAGAUUUAUGUACAUUAUUUAGUCCCAAUAUUUGCAAUAUUCCAUUUUAAAACUUAAAUCUUGUUUUGCAUGAACAAUGUAUGACUCUUGAAAGGUACAAAAAUGUGUCUCCUCUAAGUCCUCAUAUAGACUUAAGUAUUAUAUUUCUAUAGUACCCUAAAGUUGAUAAAACUGGUUACCUGCUGGGUUUUUGGAAUUCACUGUUUGCCAGUUUAAAGUUUAAACUUAAGGUAUCAACUCAUGAUAAACUGUAGAUUAAAUUGCCCAAUACCUAAAAAAAAAGGUCAUAAGUAUACCAAGUUUUUAAAUAAGUUGCACAUUAAAUCAGCUCUAAGCAGCAGAUAGACAAUCUACUGUAACCUACCAAACAUGGAGGCUUGUAUAGAGUCAUAUAUAUGUUUUGAAUUAACUUUAAUUCCCUUUGGAGUACCUCAGCUUUAGUGAUUUGCAUAAUUGAUUUGUUUGCUGCAAUAUAAAGCAUUAUGUUUUGCAAUAUUAAUCACAGAUUGUUGUGGGUUUAUCAUAAAGAUACAAAUAUAUAUAUAUAUAUAACUUGCAUUUUAUUUAUAUAUAAAGUCACAUAUAUCAUAGAUUUUGAAUUUUAAGUGCAGUAUUUUUAAAUGUUUAAAGUUUUGAUUUUUUUUAAAUGUUUUGAAAAUUGUUCAAACAGAAUGCCAAACUUUGGUCACACUUUUUUGAAGUUUUUUCUUGUAUAAAUUCUACCCAUGUGAGCUAGAGAUCACAAUAAUAAAAGUUAUGUAGAUUUGUAAAGAGCAAAGGGAAGCAUAAUUUCUCGAUUAUUUUAUAUAUUCUUUAAUAAGGAAAAAGGAUAGAGAAAAUUGUCUGCCAUGAAUUUCUUGCUGGAUCAAAUGCCAUUUGGAAUUAUAGCAUUUGAAGAAUGCUUUCAGAAGGAACUAAGAAAUGUCAGAAUACUGUGGAGAAUUGCUGCAUGGCACUUAAUUGUCCCUUUUCAGUCAAUUAACAUUCUCUUUUUAAAGCUUAUUUUUUCAGCAUGAUUAAUUUUGGUAGUCCUACUUAAAAAAUAUCAAACAAACAUUAAAUAGAAAACCAUGAAAUUUGUAAAAUUCAUUCAAACCUUAAAUUUUAGUGAUCUAGCGAACAUGGGUUGAUUUUCGUGUUCAGGUUGUACAUAAUAAAUUCCAUUGCCAUAGUUCUUGUCCUUGUGUGUAUGUGGUAUAGGUUGGUUAGUAGAAUUUUAUUGCUUGGAAUGAUGGCUUGUCUAAAUGUCAAAUUUACUCUAUUGAUUCUUGGAAUAUAAUUGGGUGCUUUCAAUACUUAGUUCUUUCUAGUCUGUAAGUUUUCUGAUAAUCUUGGUUACUUUUGAUUUUUGGUUAAACAAGAAAAUAAUAUACUUCAUUUUACAAAAAGCUUCCUAAUUAGAUGUUGGAAAAUAAAGAGUUAAGACAUUGUUUAUUUCAUUUUCUAAAUUUAAAUUAACCCAAGAUUAUCAUAAAAUGCUAUAGUGUUCUUCUUUUAACAUAGAUACCUCUAUUUUUCAGUAUUUUGAUAACUUGACUUACAUCUUUAAUGGCAUUUAUUUUUUUACAAGGGUAGUGAGUGCAAUUUUGUAAAAAAAAAAUUUUUUUAAUGUGGAUGGUUUGUGUGUUUAUUAAGUAGAAAUUAGAGAGAGAUUGUUGAAAAUCCUGCCAUUUUUAAAAAUACAUUUUAUUAAGGGGUCCAACUCUAAUAGCCCCAGUUCAUUGUCCUGCCAUUUGUUGUUUAUUGCCAAAAUUUUUGUGUUCCAAGUUGUUCGAACAGUUCUUUAUCUUGCAAUCUUUAAACCUCUUCGUACUCUUCUAUUUUUAGGAUAACAUCAGAGAUGUGCGGAAUGGGAAUUCGUUAAAUGUGGAGAGGACCAUAGAUUUUAAUAGAUGUUAUCACUUGUUGUUUUUUUUAAAAGACAAUCAGCACUUUAAAAGUUGAGUGUCUGACUUGAUUGGAAAAAAGACCAAAAGUUUUACAGAGUUGUCUUUCUUGAAAUAGCAUUUAGUUAAUGUUUUUUUUUUCAUGCCAAAAAAUAUUUCAGUGAGAAUCAUUUACAUAUUUUUUUCAGAUUGGAAGCAUAAGUUAAAUUUUUAUAAAUUUACAAAGCAUAUAAUGGCUUGAUUGUAAAGCCAGACUUUACAUAGCCAAAUUUAGGUUGUUUUAUAGUGCAAUAUUUGUCAUAUUUUCAUACUCAGUCAAAUAUUUGCACAUUUUGUUUUUACUAUUUAUACAAAUAUUUACUGAGUUGGUCAUCUUAUAGAAAACAUUUAUUUCAUUUUAAAUAACACAUUUCUUUAAUUUUUUGGAAGCAAGUUAUUUUGUUCAUAAAGCAUUCCUUUAUGCUGAGCUAAGCAUUGUUUUUACACUGUUGAUUCUCUGUGUAUAGGGGAUUGUAGCAUGAAAACAUUUCUUUUAAAUGACAUAUUGAAAAUCUGAAAACCAUUUUUAUAUGGAAAACAAAAGAGAUUUAUUUUAACCAAAAAAUAAAAUAAAAUUCAUAUUAAAUUAUUUUUGAAAUUUAUCAAAAGUCGGAUUUGAAUGACAACUUUUUAAAAAGUUCCAAAAAACUUGAUUUUUUUUUUUAUUUUAAAUUUUUUUUAUAUUGAAUUAGCAAUGAAAACUUGUACUAAAAAUACCAUAUCUCAGCUUCACACCACGAUGACAGCUAAUGGCAUAUAUAUAUAUUGUAAUAUUACGACUGUGAUAAAUUAUGUGUAAUAUGUGUGCAUUGUUAUACAAUCAUCGAUUGACAAUGUGAAAUGGAAAAUUAUUUUUAUUUUGCAACAAAAUAUCCUUUCUAGGUCUUUUGUGGAUCAAAAGUUUUGAAAUUUGUUUCACUUUUAAGAAAUCUCACCUGCCGUAGGUCCUACACAGAGAUUUACUAAGAGAUGAUUCAAAUCUGCAAAAUGUUUGUUUUUUUUUCAUAUAUAAAAUACCCUAGUGCAGAAUGAAGAAAUGUAAUUUAAAUUUGAGGUCCUAAUUAGUUAAAACUUAUUAAACAUAUACAUAUCAAAUGAUUGAUUCAAGUUAUUGAAGUACUUCAAUUAUAGACCGUCAGUUUGUGUCGGAAGCAUUUAACAAUCCUUUAUUUAGUGAAAUAUGUCAACACUCAGAACACCUUAAGAUUUUGAUCCAGAUUUGACAGGUGUGUGAUGAAUACAGGAUUAAAAUACUAAUGAAUAUUCAUUACUUGUCUUUGUACAUGAGUUCUGUUUUGACUGUUAACUAAAGUAUAUAUUCUCAAUGAGAACAUAGCACCAUUUGUUUUACAUAAAGACUGAGGCGUUACAAUGCUGUUCAAGUAAUAGAUAUCAAACAGCUAUUUAAAGUGUACAUCAAAAAGUCUGCCUAAAAUGGGGGUACUUCAAUAGCUUAUGUAACAAUCCUUUAUUUUUAAUCAUUUGAUUUUUAUGAUAAACGUUUUGUAGUAUUUUUAACAGUUUUGUUUAAUAAAUGAUGAAAAUGCACUUUUAAUAUGUUGAUGAAAAAUAUACUCAUUAUUUUCAAUCCCCGCGUAAUUAGCAUUUUCUAGCCAAUUUUUUCUCGUUCAGUUCUAAACAUAGAGAUUUGUUACCUUUGACAGGUAUACUUUAAUAUUUUGUUUAUGGGGUACAUCAAGGGAUUAUUGUGUUAGGGGUAUGUUGGGGAUUUAUUAUGGGGUAUACUUUUUGUUUUGUGUUCUUUUGACAUAUUGUAUAUAACUGUUGAAUCUUGUAUAUUGAAUUGAUUUGUUGUUCUUUUUUUUUUUUGUAGAAAUCUACGUAAUUUUAUAUAAUUUCUGAACCCAUUUAUUGACAUUCAUUUUUUGAUUGAAACUGGGGGAAACUUAAAAGCUCUCAGCAGCCACAUGAUAAAUUUUGAUAAAUUCAAAAGCAGAACGCAGCUAGGUUGUAAGAUCAUUUUCAUAUCUGCUAACGUCAUUUCAACUUCAUUGUAUUACUAGAGAAGAAUCUUAAUGUAUUUUCCCAUUUACCAAAUUAUAUCCUAUAAACUUUGAGAAGUUAGAAAACUGUAUAUUAGUGUUUUGAUUUUCCCAUGUGACUGUACUUUUUCGUACUUAUAAAGAGUGACCGUAAUGAAUGUUUAUAAAUGGGACCAGAGAGGUUUUUUACAUGUGAAAAUGUGUGAAGUGAAAUCGGACUGUUUUCCAAAAGGGUAAUUAUCAUCAUUAACUAUUUAUCAUUUAUUUAUUAUUAUCAUGAUGAAAAGUCAUUAAAAAGGUGCUGCACCUCUUAAGAUUUA